UGUAGGAAAUUGCGAGCAAGUACGUGAUGUGUGACCGGCCAACUGUGUUGGUUGUUGUGUGAACAACAAUGAUAAUAUUCUGAAUUUUUAUUAUUUCGUAUGUAUGGUUUAUGAUGGAUAGACACCUAUGGGAAAGGGUUGUACAGUUCCAUGGGCCUAACUUAUUGGAACUUGUACAAAAAGAACAAGGAACUCUCCCGGAGCUAGGCCUAAGUCGAGCCCCUGAUGAUGGAAGAAACCAACAGGCAACAGUUUGCCCAGGCCUAGUGGCUGGAGGAGGGAGUGGAAGAACUGUUGCGGAGGAGAAUGAGAAUAGCAAGCCUAAGGACUAUGAACUGCCUGAAACGAGUAGCUCUUCUAAAGCGCUUCCUAAGAAAAUUGGUAGAUUUUCUGAGAAGAUUCAUUUGUUUAUUGCUAAGAAAGCUGAUAUGCUCUUCAAGAGUGAAGAUCUGAUUUGCUGCUCAUCAUCGAAGUCAGUCGAAGAUGGUAGUCAUUUUGCAAUCAUCCCACCUAUAGAACAGUUUAUGAAGACACCAAGCAAAGAAAAUCAUGAAAGAACAUUCAGCAUAAUUGCGGUAAAUGAUGUGAUGAUUGCACGGGUAUUAACGCUGAAAGACUUUGGCCUCUUUGUUCGUCUCCUCAGCUUCUGCAGUGACAAAGCGAGGUGGUUUGAGAAUAUCAAUAUGGUUGCUUUAUUGCCAGUCACAGAGCUGUGUGAUCGUUAUUUAAAGAGUGCGAAAGUUGAAGAUUUCUCAGUUGGUGACCUGGUCAGAUGUCAAGUAAUAAAGGUCACUGCAGAAGGGAAGGUCAUAGUUAGCUUAAAGACACCAGAAUCAGCAAAAAGUGAUUUGAUUUUGGGGUUGAUAGCUGAUUCAGAUGUUCCUGUUCAGUAUCGUCAGAGCCGGGAAUUGGAUGAGAGCUUUGAGAGUUACGACACAAUACUGCAAAACUCAACAGGGUUUGACAAUCCGUAUUGCCUGAAUACUCUGAUUCCUGUUUUGGGAUUACAAGAAAAUGCAUUCUCCUCUUUAAUGAGAGGAUUGCAAAAGUCAGCGUACCCAAAAUCUGAACUAGCAGAGGAAUUGAAUUCUGUACAGUCUGCAAAAUGGUCAAUGAAAAUCGUGGCAAAAGGAGUGUUGCUAUUUAAAUCUGGUGAUUUUAUGCAAGCAGUUGCUAAGUUUGACAAAGCUCUGCAAAUGUGUCCAAAGAACAUAGAGGCAUUGGUAGCAAGAGGGGCUUUAUAUGCAAAUCGUGGCAGCUUAACAAAAGCUAUUGAAGACUUUGAGAGCGCCCUCAAGUUGAAUCCCCACCACAGGAACGCCAAUAAAUAUCUCACCGAGACUCUCAUGGAAAAAGCUAAACAACUAGAGAGUGAGCCAGACAUUGAUAAAGGAAUAGCAUGUUAUCGCCGUGUGCUGACACUCAACGCACACCAUGCAGAGGCUAAGAUGUGCUUAGAGAGAUUAUACCAGGACAAAGAGCAGAGGGCAUCUCAAACAAAACCAGCACAAGAACCACCGCCAGACAAAGCGCCAAAAGCUUCAAGUGAAUAUGCGCUGCAGAGGUUCAUGAUGGAGAAGUCGACAGGGGCCUUGAAGGAUUUCCUGAGGCAAGAGCUGUCUCACAAAGACAAGAUAAACAAGCAAAAGAAAAAGAUGAAAUGUGAAAGAUCCAAACGGCGAAGUAGGUCACCGAAAAUGAGUCGGAAAGAGAAAAGCAGUAAAAUAAGUAAAACAUCAUCAUCCAGCAGCAGCUCUCCAAGCCCACGAGGACGCAGGCGGUCAAAAUCAUGCAGCUCUACUAGUAGCUCAGUAACAUCAUCAUCUUUGUCAUCAUCAUCAUCAUCAUCUGGAAGAAAUGGUGGUAAACGAAAAAGAAGGAAGUCCAGGGCAAAGAAAAAAGUGCGGAAAAAGUCAAAAGACCAUGGAUAUGAUAGUUCUGAUGAUGAAAAGAGAAGGGGAUCAGCCAAAAGGAGUGACAGCCAACGAAGAUCAAAAAGUAUCAGAAAUUCUAGCUAUGCAGGGACCUCUCGGAGGCGUCAUUCACAAGACGAAAGUAAUGAAAGAGACAGGAGUAGAAAACGAAGCAGAAGUUCCUCCCAGAGGCGGAGACACAAAUCAUUCAGUAAGAAAAGAAAUCUUGAUGAUUCACCAACUCAGAAAAAACGCAGGCUCUCAAAAGAUAAAUUAAAGAAAAAGUCAAAGGAUAUUGCUUUUGAGUGGGUCGUAAAAGAUGAUGGAGUUAAGGAAACAUCAAAAAAGAUUGCUCAGCCGGCAAGGAAGAGCAGGUCACGCUCAUCUUCAGUGGAAUUCAUUUCAGAGAUUUUCUUAGGGAAACUGAAGAAAGAGGAUCUGGACAAGCAGGAAGUUGAGAGGAAAAAGAAACAGAUUCUCGAACAAAGACUGGAAGAAGAAAAAAAUCAAAGAAAAAUAUUAGAAAAACUGAUGGAAGAGGAAUCAAAGAAAUUGAAUCACGGUAAUGUGGAUGAUGGCCAGACAGUUGGCAAAAGUCAGAAGUCUAAUGAAGACAUAAAAGAAAAAUCUAAUAAGCAGAGUUCAAAAACUGGAUACAGUGAUCAACAAAGUACAUUUGGUUCCCAGAAAAAGGGGCACUGCAGUGGAUCAAAUUGUGGCACAAGUGAUGAGGAAGAUGGAAAAGGUGUGGCAGAGAAGAGAAUAUAUGAGGUCGUGAAAGAAAAUAUAAAGAAUUCUGACCAGAAAAACUUUAAAAAAAUUCACAAAACAGAUACCGACAAAAAAAUAAUUGGGACAAAAGAUAAGAAUUGCAGAGGGUCAAAUUGUAAUAUUAGUGAAGAAGAGAUAACAACAUCUGUUCUAGUGAAUGAUAUUAGCAGAGAAGGAAAGUGUGACUUAAGGAAGAAACAACAGCAUUGUAGUGGGUCAGAUUGUGAAAGUAGUGAUGAAGAGAAUAAAAGAAAUGAUUUGCAGAGGAAUAAGAUGACUUUUAGGUGCAAGAGAUCCAGUCAGAGAAAAAAAGGAAGUACGACGAUUAAUAAAGAACGACGCCAUUGUAGUGGAUCAAAUUGUGGCACUAGUGAUGAAGAGAAAAAUGAACUCUCCAAAAAAACUCAGGCAUCACCAUCAUCCAAUUCAUUCUCAUCCUCGUCUAGUUUAGUAUCAUCCUCCUUUUCAGCAUCUUCAUCAUCCUCAUCAUCUUCAUCAUCAUCAUCAUCUCCAUCCUCAUCAUCAUCUUCCGUCUCCAAGCAAAUGACAUCUGAAGACGAAGAGGAUGACGAUCUUGAUGCAUACAGAAUUGAUGACCCUGAGGCCCUCAGAACUCAAGUUCUUGAUAUGAAUAAGAUCUCUUACAAAGGCGAUGAGAUCAAGAAAAAUAUAUCUACCCAUCAAAUUCAGGAAGAUAAAGAUUGUGUUGACUUCACAGAAAAAAGAAAUAUGUCCAGUCAGGAAAACAGUGAAAUAAACACGGAAAAUAAACCCAUGUUUGACUACAGGAAAAGUAGUGUAGAACCUGACAGAGAUAAUUAUGAUGAAGCAAAACAUAAAGUCCAUGAAAACAGAGUACAACAAAGAGAGAUAGAGAACCAACUUGGAGGAAGCCCCCACAGAGAAAAACGUAAUCCAAAGCACUUCUCACCAAACAAUAUGUACAAACGAUAUGACCGCACUGGAGGCCAAAGUCGAUCUAAGAGUCGUUCCCCAAGGACAACUCAUACACAAAACCAAGGUUCUGGUAAAUCAAAUUACGGUAGUGAACAAUCGAUGAGACAAGGUAAAUCUAGGCAGAGUCCUGCUAAUGUGUACCACUGCCAUGGUGAAUCUUCUGUUGGUGGUGCACGGUCACAACAACAUGGCCACUAUGGAUCAAAUCCUGAUAGGAACCAGCACUAUGGUACAAGUGGACAAUCACCAAGACAUGGUCAGCAUGGGUCAAAUCCUUAUAAGAGCUACCAGCACCUUGGUAUUGGUGAAGUACAUCAUAUUGGAGGACUAUCAGCAAGACCUGGUCAGCAUGAACCAAGUCCUGAUAAAAGGCAUCAUUUUACAGGUAGACAAUCACCAAAACAUUGUACUGGUGAAGGAGCUUAUGACAGUAGGCAGUUAUCAAGACAUUUUCACAAUAGGCCAAGUCCUGAUAAUAAAUACCAGUACCAAAGUUCAGGUGGACAGUCACCAAGACACAGUUACCAUGGGUCAAGUCCUCAUAAGAGCUACCAACACCAUGGUGCUGGUGAAGUAGUUUAUGACAGUAGGCAGUCAACAAGACAUGGUCAUAAUAGGCCAAGUCCUGAUACUAGAUACCAGCACCAAUGCUCAGGUGGACAGUCACCAAGACACAGUUACCAUGGGUCAAGUCCUUAUAAGAGCUACCAACACCAUGGUACUGGUGAGGUAACUUAUGACAGUAGCCAGUCAACAAAACAUGGUCACCAUAGGCCAAGUCCUGAUGAUAGCUACCCAUACCAAAGCUCAGGUGGACAGUCACCAAGACAUUUUUACCAUGGGUCAAGUCCUUAUAGGAGCUACCAACAACGUCCUGAUGAUAGAUACCAGUACCAAAGCUCAGGUGGACAGUCACCAAGACAUGGUCACCGUGGGUCAAGUCCUUAUAAGAGCUACCAGCACCAUGGUACUGGUGAAGUAUUUUAUGGUGGUAAACAAUCAAGACAUGGUCAGCAUAGGGCAAGUCCUAAAAAUAGAUACCAAUACCAUAGUCAUAAAACAUCUCACGGUCAUAGGUCCUCAAAGUGUCAAAGUCGUUCUCAUUGGUCAGCAAAAGAUUACAUUGAAAGAGAUAAACAAUUUUGGCAGUAUUACAGAUCUUUUAAUCCAAGUCCACUGGGGGUAGUGUCUGAAAAACAGGUGAUAGUAGAGAAGAUAUAUGAGAGAGAUUUCAAGUCAGCAUCAAUUGCUGCAGCCACCAGCAGAGCAGGUCUUGAAAAUCCACAUCGGAAUUGGUGGAUGAGUCCAUCACAGAAUCGACUGUAGUAAUAAUACAGUUCCCCCUCCAAAUCGAGACAACUUUGGGACCUGAAAAUUUAGGUUGGUCUCAGAGUUUGGUCUCCCCACAUAGAGGGUUAGUUCAGUGUUUAUAAAAAUUAGUCUUGAAUUAAAUGGGCUCGGAAUUAGAGGAGUCUCAAUUUGGAGGGUGCACUGUAAUUAUAUAUCAUUUACAACAAAGGUUAAAUGAAUAGAAGAAUAAUAGUACAGGAUUUUAUAAUUUAAUUAAAAAUUAAAUACUCAGUUUUUUAAAUGAUUAAUUAUCAACCAAUAAAAUACAAUACAUUAAAGUUAAAUUAUCCAGCAAUCAAUUUCAAUAAUAUUUGUUUAGAAAAAUAAUAUUUGUUUAGAAAAAAUUAUUUAAUAAUUGCAACAUUUCUGGUAACUAUUAUAUUCCACUGCUGGACCUGUAGGUCUAUCCGCCGAACUUUCACCUCUGUGCUGUCUCUGAUGUGCAUCUAUUUGAUCUCAUCAAUAUUCAGUUUUAGUCUUUAAUAAUAUCUUAUAUACAGUAUUAUAUGUCCUAUAAUUUAUGGAGGAAUUAAAUUAAUUCCUCCAUGAUUUAUUAUAGUCAUCUCUCUUUAAUUAUGCAUUUUAUAAGUCUUAACUUUCAAUGUUACUCCAAUCAAUAGCCUCUCCAUUCUUCUCAGUGUUACACAUAAGUUCAAUAGCAAUUUUCAGAGUUGAUUGAAUACUGGCCUUCUCAAAUACAUUGGUAGUUUUGGUCUUCCUAUUUUAAAUAACGUAUUACAGUAAUAAAUUGCAGAUUUCAUUUCAUUUCUUUAGGCACGAGCGCCAAGGAUAUGUAAAUAAGUGAAACUUCAUCACUGUCCUACGUGGCAUAUCCAUUUAACAACAGGGGACUUAAUGGACCAGUACACCGGGGUAACCCCCUACCCUUCUCGAAGGAUGUACUGGGUUCUUUAAAGUGCACACGAGUCAAAUGCGUACACUGGGUUUACGGUUUAAAGUCUUUAUACGAGAAGACUUGUUCACCACCGGAACCAUUGGCGAGUGAGCCGUUAGAACCAGCGCUGAUAUAUUAGAGCUCAAGGUUCACUCUGGUGCCCCUGAAUUUGUUUUACAUUUUGAUUUUUAGAAUUGUUUUUAAUUAAUUUCUUUAAAAUGAUAUACUUUUGCAAUAAAUAUUUUAUUAAU